GGAAUUAAAAAAAAGCCGAUGCAAGCAGGUCUUCAGAACAAAAAGUUUCCUCUGUGAAGACAAACGUGUGGGCUCUUUCUCCUGGGGUUGUGUGCAUACAGAGAUCCGAUAAUCGCGUUUUAUGUGUGAGCGCACGGAGGGUUGGACACAUUAAAGGAGCAUCAGGAGGCGGCAGAGACGCUUUACAGACGAAGCAAGAAAAGAGAGAAAGGGAGAGAGAGAGAUUAUCUCACUCUCCCAGUCGCAGUCGCAACCGGAUCACAUCCAGCUUGUCUCUCCACACGGUAAUAGCAGGACAAUGUCUAGUAAAGCGACUUUAGCCUUACUCAUCUAUGGAAUCAUAAUGCACUACAGCAUCCACUGCUCACCUCUCGGGCUAAGCUAUCCUAACCUUAGACUUGAAAAUGAGGUUUAUGACGAGGAUGGAAAUUCGUUACCGGACUUGGCUUUUGACGGUGAUCAAAUUGCUAUAAGAAGUCCCCCAUCUGUGGCGGACGACGUGUACACUUUAUACUACCCACCGGAGAAAAGUGGAGGGAGCACCAUGGAAGACGACUCAGAGCCUCUGUCAAAGCGACACUCGGAUGGGAUCUUCACAGACAGCUACAGCCGCUACCGAAAGCAAAUGGCAGUCAAGAAAUACCUGGCGGCAGUCCUUGGGAAAAGGUAUAGACAGAGAUAUAGAAGCAAAGGACGCCGGCUAGCGUAUUUGUAGCGUUGCUAAACCAAACUACCAUGUGUGUACAGCCCAGAUCAAGUCAUUUUGAGAAAACUGAACAAUCGGUGGAUCGCUCUUGUGUUCUUUAAACAUGUAUUUAUGUAUGAAGUAAAGCCAUUAAAAUUAAUAUUUUGAUAAUAAUAUUGUUUUUCUUUUGUACUUAAGCACUUGAGAACGCGCAGAUCUACUUUGUGGACCAAUCCUUUUGUUCAACCUAAAUAUAGCCUAUAUUUAUUUAUUUUUAGACCUACGUAGACAUGAAGAUGAAAUGAUGUGCACAUGAUCAAUAUGCUCUUUACCCUGUCUUUUAAAGAUUUAAAUCUAGAUAUGAAUGCGACGGAAAUAAAUAGUUUAAAAGACAGUCAAUGUAUUGAAUGUUACUUUGUGGCAACUGAAAUUAAGAGCUCAGUGUCUUUAUUUACAACAGCCCUGAAGACUUAGGUUUUCACCAUAUUCUACAAGACAUAGACUUUGAUGCCCUACCGGAUGGGGAUGAGUUUGAGGCUAUUUUUGGAGACUGGCUGAAACAGUUCUCUCCCGAAUUUCCGGUGAGUUCCAGGCUCUUUCCCGAGGCCUUGUCUUGAGGGAUGUCUCUUGUCCCUCCCACUUUUUCUCACCUUACCCUGUGACCUUACCCUCCAGAUAUGAAAUACAACCCAGUCUUCUUCUUUUCUCAUUUGGGCUCCUGUCUCUCUUGAGAUGCUGUACAACUGUACCUAUAUUCACACCUAUACUGCAUGCAGUAUAUGUAUGAACGUGAAUAUAGAUGCAUAGAUAUGUUUUACACAUUGAAUGUUUAUGGAUAUACUGUAAAUCCUUUACAAUUCCCCAUAAAUAUCCUAUGGGAGGCUGUAGGAUAAUAAUGUGACUGCUAAACAGUAUUAUAAAUAAAUUGUUUAUUUAAGGCCAAAACAGACAUGACCCAACAGGCUCUAGAAUCCUUAUAUAUGGCAGUAAUUCAAGUACUAAAGUGUUAGAAUGACCCCUAUGACCUCUAUGACCCUCGUAAGAUGAGGACCAGAGUGCGUUUGAGCUUUUUCCUUUCCUUCCUCUUCUUCUUCUUCUUUUUCUUCUUCAGUGUUAAAGAAAAUGAGCUUACAUUUUUGAACUUUGUGCAAAGUAUCUAUCUUGUGUUCCUCUGUAAUGGUAUACAUGUGUUUGAAAAGCUCUUGAAAACCUGGAAUGCUGGUAAAGGUUUUCCAUUUGUCUCUUCUCGCCACAUAAGAAGCAUCAUGAACGUAGAAUGGUCGUCGGACUCAAAAAGAAAGUCCAAUAAGAAAACGGAGACCAUUUCCACUGACAUUAUACUUUUUAUGUGGCUUCACUUAAUUUCAAUGUGUUUUUUGUUAUUUUUCAUGAGGAACAUUUCAGAGGCAAUUUGAAGACGCGUUGCACCUUCCUGGUCUACUGUGCUUUCCCCUAUCUUGUCAUGUGAACCAAUGUAAAGCUAGAUCGCAUGAUUAAAGUAAUUGCACUAGCCACCAAAUCUGUGCAAACUACUGCAAUUGGAUGGUUUUCUUUGCUCACUGAUUGACAUAUAUACAUAUGUGUUUUUUUUCUGGAUGUUGUUUUGUUUUUGUUCUCUCCCCAACAUUACUGCACAAAGUGUUUGAUUGAACGUCUCACCCCUGUCUUCUGUAUAGGAAAGCUCAGAUGAAUGUACUGCAGGGGAGAAGCUUUCAGAAAGAGUCGCGGUCAUGUUUUCUUUUUAGUCUCUUCUCAAUGGGACUUGAGACAAGAUUCUGUUACAUUCCAAUGUAUUAUAUGCCAAAAACAAUGCUUGAAUGAUUGUUAUUUUGAAUAAUCCUUACCUAUCCUGGCAGCCCAAGCACAGCACAGUCAAACUUCUACCUAAUCAACAGUUAGACAAAGCCUUGAACGUACUUCACCGUGCCUGUACUAUUCUGAACACCACCAAUUCCAAAUUAGCUUCUCAGUUUACUUGCCUCUUUUUUCUUGAUGUAAGUGAUCACAAGAUGAGAAGCAGAGAAAACCUGUUCAGUGCUAGAUAGACCCAAGUACGAGAGGGGGAGUGGGAGGAAGAGAGAGGAAUGAGGAUAGUGGGUGCGAGAGAGGAGAACAAAGAGAAAGAGGGACACAGAGAAAGAAGGAGAGUCCAUGACCAAUCGAUUCGAGAGAAAACAGGGUGAUUUUUUGGCAGUGAAAGGAAUUUACCAGACAAAGGUUUCCACACCUCAUUAGAAGAACUUGGCCUAUCAUCUCACUUGUACCCAUCAGUGACAGAUAGACAGAACAAGCCACACUUCUUCUCACUAGAGACAUGAUUGGGUUCGCUACUUCUGUUAUUAGCCAUCCCAUUUUUCGACACCAUGAAAAACAGUUAAUAAGAUAAUGAAAAAUGUAGCUUCUGAAUCCGUACAGUAUACUUCCAUUUCCUGGCCCCAAGACAUCAUAUUCACACUUCCCUAAAUUGCAAGGAGAUCUAACUCCAGUAGUGGACCAGGCAGAUUCUACAGACACUGUAGGUUAGGUUUGAGCUUUGUGACACUUAGCAGUAGGGCAAAGUUCUUCGAUCUGUGCCUGUGUGUAUGAAAUCAAUCUUUCUUUAAUUCUGCAUUCCCCUCCAGGCUUUGUGACGCAGAAUGCAGCUUGCGGCUGUGGUGCCUUGCUUCGACUUUAAAAUCGCCACGAAUCACAGAUGGCUAUUUAGUAGCCCUACAAUGCUGCACAUCAUCAGCUUACAUUUCACCAUUUGGUUGUUGUUUUUGUGUUGCGCAGACAUUUGAUUGGAUCUUUAGUGCCAUUAGGUGUAGUCUCCGAGCACUCUUGCUCACAAUCAUUUCUUUUGACAAUUAUUAUUAUUAUUAUUUUUUUGAGCACUUAGACUUAGAGAUUUGUGGUAGAUAGUUGCAAGCAUCAUGAUUACCCUCUUUCCAUAAUGUGUAUCAUUUUGAAAGCGCCAACAGCCUUACUAAACGUGAAGAUUUAACUUAGAAUAUAUAUAUUUAUUGUGUAGUAAAUUGAUAUUAGAGAGUACUAUUAUAAUGAGAAAAAAAAUGGCGAUCCACAAGGGUUAAGUCUAUAAAUGUUUAAAAAAAACGGUGUUGUAAGAUUUGUAUGAAUAAAUUUUUGUAAACAACA